CCAACAACGUCGAACGUUUAACAACAGCCACUUUUUCUUCAUUUCACAUUUUCUCAUGGCCUCCACUGCAAUCUUCUCCUUCGCUUUCUCCUGCAAAACAUAUCAAGGCCGUACCUUUGUUUCUCCAAAUGCUUAUUCUCGGAAAUUUUUCUCAGUUAAGGCUUCUACGGCAUCCAUUGUACAAAAGCCGCCGAUCCCAUUAAGGUCUAAUAAUUGGAAGUGGAAAUUCAACAACAAUGCUAUUAAUAUUUAUUAUGAAGAACAUUGGAGGGAGAGCACAGACCGUCCUAAGAAUAUUCUAAUGAUACCAACCAUUUCCGAUGUUAGCACUGUCGAAGAAUGGAGAUCAGUGGCCAUAGACAUUGUUCAAAGAAUUGGUCUAGGCAAUUGGCGUGCUACUAUUGUCGAUUGGCCUGGUUUGGGUUAUUCCGAUAGACCAAAAAUGGACUACGAUGCUGAUAUCAUGGAGAAAUUUCUGGUUGACUUCAUCAAUUCACCAGACAGUCCACUAAGCUGCUCAGAAAAUGAUUUGGUGGUCUUUGGAGGAGGGCAUGCAGCAACAAUAACAGUUCGUGCUGCGAAAAAGGGAAUGGUGAAGCCAGCAGCAAUUGCUGCUGUUGCUCCCACCUGGGCUGGUCCUCUUCCCAUUGUAUUUGGUAGAGACUCCAGCAUGGAAACAAGGUAUGGACUGCUUAGAGGAACCUUAAAGGCGCCAGGGGUUGGCUGGAUGAUGUAUAACAUGCUUGUCAGCAAUGAGAAGGCAAUUCAAUCCCAGUACAAAUCACAUGUCUAUGCAAAUCCUGAAAAUGUUACUUCUAGCAUUGUUGAAAGCAGAUAUGCACUAACAAAACAAAAGGGUGCUCGUUAUGUGCCUGCUUCUUUUUUGACUGGUCUCCUUGAUCCCGUUCAAUCCCGAGAGGACUUCCUUGAGCUCUUUGCAGAUUUGGAAGGAAAAUUACCAGUUUUGGUUGUGUCAACUGAGGGAUCUCCAAAGAGGUCGAAAGCAGAGAUGCAAGCACUCAAGGGUUCAAAAGGAGUAAGCAAAUUUGUUGAGGUUCCCGGUGCUCUUUUGCCACAAGAAGAGUAUCCAACUGUUGUUGCAGACGAGCUAUACAAGUUUUUGCAAGAGACUUUUGAAUUAAGUGCUUAACAUCAAUGAUGGUGCUGCUUUAUUCUGUCAAUUGAAAGAGGUAUGAGUUCUCUUUCCCACGCUGCUAUACUUCCAUACCAACUGUCACCAAGGUUCUGUAUACCUGCAAUCUAUGAAUACGUAUUUCUAUCUAUAAAAGAAGAUUUGUAGUGCAAUGCACACCUUCAGAAAGAACUAAAUUUUACUUGACAUGAAUCAGUCCUCCUGUGUUAUGCAAAUGGAAAACUUUAGGC